ACGCAUGAACGUCUUGAAUUGUGAAUUCAACAUUGCUGGAAACUACAGACAAGACGCUUGAGACUUCUCAGUUAUUCUUAUACGUACCACUCUUGGAGUAGUUCUUAUAGUUUUACUGGAGAUAAGCUAAAAAGAUGUCUCUGGCUGACGAACUGCUCGCUGACUUGGAAGAGGCCGGUGACGAGGGAGAGGAUGGACUGUAUCCUGGCGAGGAAGGUGGAGGAAGCGACGGAGAGGUCGAAGAGAGUGUGGUUGCAGCCGGCCUAGAGGAUAUCCCCGAGGAGAUGGAGCUGGAUUACAGUGGGGCGGAAAGUGUCACAUCUAUUGCAAAAUUACGCCACAGCAAACCUUUUUCAGAAAUCACGGAGAAAAUUGCAGAAUAUGUUGCCAAACAGCAACAGACCAAAGAAGUGUCUGGACCUGUUGAGUCAGACCCGGAGUACAAGCUGAUCGUUGCUGCCAACAACCUGACCGUGGAAAUUGACAAUGAACUGAAUAUCAUUCAUAAAUUUGUGCGCGACAAGUACUCCAAGCGAUUCCCGGAGCUUGAAUCUCUGGUCCCAAACGCACUGGACUAUAUCAGGACUGUUAAGGAACUGGGCAACAACCUGGACAAGUGCAAGAACAAUGAGAACCUCCAGCAGAUCCUCACCAACGCCACCAUCAUGGUGGUCAGUGUCACAGCCUCCACCACUCAGGGGGUGAUGCUGGGAGACGAUGAGCUCCAGCGAUUGGAGGAGGCCUGCGACAUGGCUCUGGAGCUGAACCAAUCAAAGCACAGAAUCUAUGAGUACGUGGAAUCCAGGAUGUCGUUCAUUGCCCCAAAUCUGUCCAUCAUAGUUGGGGCGUCGACCGCAGCUAAACUUAUGGGUGUUGCUGGUGGCCUGACUAACCUCUCCAAGAUGCCGGCAUGUAACCUGAUGCUGUUGGGGGCCCAGCGGAAGACCCUUUCCGGCUUCAGCAGCACCUCUCUGCUCCCCCAUACAGGCUACAUCUACCACUGCGACGUGGUGCAGACGCUCCCACCGGACCUGAGGAGGAAGGCGGCUCGCCUGGUGUCGGCCAAGUGCACGUUGGCAGCUCGGGUGGACAGCUUUCACGAGAGCGCAGUUGGCAAGGUGGGUUAUGACCUGAAAGAGGAAAUUGAGAGAAAAUUUGACAAGUGGCAGGAGCCUCCCCCAGUGAAGCAGGUGAAACCGCUCCCAGCCCCACUGGAUGGCCAGAGGAAGAAGAGAGGAGGCAGGAGAUACCGAAAGAUGAAGGAGCGUUUGGGCCUGACUGAGAUCAGGAAAAACGCCAACAGAAUGACAUUUGCUGAGAUUGAGGACGACGCAUACCAGGAGGACCUGGGCUUCAGCUUGGGUCAGUUGGGCAAGUCUGGCAGCGGGAGGGUGAGGGCAGCACAGGUCAACGAUGCCACCAAGGCCAGGAUCUCCAAAUCCCUGCAGAGAACCCUGCAGAAGCAGAGCAUGGUGUAUGGAGGGAAGUCCACAGUCAGAGACAGAUCCUCUGGAAUCAGCUCCAGUGUCGCUUUCACACCCUUACAGGGUCUGGAGAUUGUGAAUCCUCAGGCUGCAGAGAAGAAGGUAGCAGAGGCCAAUCAGAAGUACUUCUCCAACAUGGCCGAGUUUGUCAAGGUCAAGAAAGAGGGAGAAAGCAGUGUCAAGCCUUGAGAAGUGGAUGGACACAUGCACACACACAGUGUUGAUGUAUGUCAGCUUUGUGUACGUUAUGAACACAAGCAGAUUUGACCUCCAAUGCAGCUGGUGCUGUCAAAGGUCUGUGCGGAAAAGUUGACAGGUUGGAUGGACAUGCAGGCAGACAAACAAGACCCUCCCCUGGAUGAGAGGUUGCCAUGGUUUUUAUUUUUAUUUUGUGAUUUUGUUUGAUGCAUUUUGCUUUUAUGUGUAAAUACAUGUAAGUUUCAUUUUGAUUAAACCAUUCAGAUCUAUGGUAAAA